UUCUAGGCCUUAAGAAUGCGUUCCAGAAGCACUAACCCUGAGGGCUCAGCCCCAAAACAAUUUCCAAGACACAGUAAAGACCAGAAUUUCCAGAACAUGAAGCACAAACAGCAAGACAAAGACUCCACCAUUGAGUUGGAUGAAAUUCUUCCAUGUCCCAAGUCAGAGAAGCCACACAAUGGCAAUGGCCACCAAGCAGAUGAUCUUUCAAGAGAUGACCUGUUAUUUCUUCUCAGCAUUCUAGAGGGAGAACUGCAGGCUCGAGAUGAAGUCAUCGGUAUUUUAAAGGCUGAAAAAAUGGACUUGGCUUUGCUGGAAGCUCAGUAUGGGUUUGUUACUCCGAAAAAGGUGUUGGAAGCUCUCCAGAGAGAUGCUUUUCAAGCAAAAUCGAUUCCUUGGCAGGAGGACAUCUAUGAGAAACCAAUGAAUGAGUUGGACAAAGUCGUGGAAAAACAUAAAGAAUCUCACAGACGAAUCUUGGAACAACUUUUAAUGGUAGAAAAAUCCCACAGGCAAACCAUAUUGCAGUUGGAGGAAGAAAAAAGAAAACAUAAAGAAUAUAUGGUGAAGAGUGAUGAAUUCAUAAGCUUACUAGAACAGGAAUGUGAAAGAUUAAAGAAGCUGAUUGGUCAAGAAACCGAGUCCCAGCAGAAAAAGGAGCAAGAAAAGGAAAAGAGGGUCACCACCCUGAAAGAGGAGCUGACCAAGCUGAAGUCUUUUGCUUUGAUGGUGGUGGACGAACAACAAAGGCUUACAGCACAGCUCACCCUUCAAAGACAGAAAAUUCAAGACCUGACCACAAGUGCACAGGAAACACAUGCUAAACUAACUCUUGCUGAAGCCAGAGUUCAGGAAGAAGAGCAGAAGGCAACCAGACUAGAGAAAGAACUGCAAACACAGACCACAAAGUUUCAUCAGAACCAAGACGAAAUUAUGGCAAAGCUCACCAAUGAGGACAGUCAAAAUCGCCAGCUUCGACAAAAGCUGGCAGCACUCAGUCGGCAAAUUGAUGAGUUAGAAGAGACAAACAGAUCUUUAAGAAAAGCAGAAGAGGAGCUGCAAGAUAUAAAAGAAAAAAUCAACAAGGGAGAAUAUGGAAAUGCUGGCAUAAUGGCUGAGGUAGAGGAGCUCAGGAAGCGUGUGCUAGACAUGGAAGGAAAAGAUGAAGAGCUCAUAAAGAUGGAGGAACAGUGCAGAGAUCUCAAUAAGAGGCUUGAGAAGGAAACAGCACAGAGUAAAGACUUUAAACUAGAAGUUGAAAAGCUCAAUAAAAGGAUUAUGGCUCUGGAAAAAUUAGAAGAUGCUUUCAACAAAAGCAAACAAGAAUGCUACUCUCUUAAAUGCAACUUAGAAAAAGAAAGGACAACCACAAAGCAGUUGUCUCAGGAACUAGAGAGUUUAAAAGUGAGGAUCAAAGAGCUAGAAGCCAUUGAAAGUAGGCUGGAAAAGACAGAAUUCACUCUGAAGGAGGAUUUGACUAAACUGAAAACAUUAACUGUGAUGCUUGUGGAUGAACGGAAAACACUGAGCGAAAAAUUAAAGCAAACGGAAGAUAAAUUACAAGCUGCUUCUUCCCAGCUUCAAGUGGAGCAGAACAAAGUAACAACAGUUACUGAAAAGUUAAUUGAGGAAACUAAAAGGGCACUCAAGUCCAAAACUGAUGUGGAAGAAAAGAUGUUCAAUGUAACCAAGGAAAGAGAUGAUCUAAAAAACAAACUGAAAGCAGAAGAGGAGAAAGGAAAUGAUCUCUUGUCAAAAGUCAAUAUGUUGAAAAACAGGCUUCAAUCAUUGGAAGCAAGUGAGAAAGAUUUCCUAAAAAACAAAGACUCUGGUAAGUCCACAACAGCUUUACACCAAGAAAACAAUAAGAUUAAAGAACUCUCCCAAGAAGUGGAAAGACUGAAACUAAAGCUAAAGGAUAUGAAAGCCAUUGAGGAUGACCUCAUGAAAACAGAAGAUGAAUAUGAGACUCUGGAACGAAGGUAUGCUAAUGAACGAGAAAAAGCUCAUUUUUUAUCUGAAGAGCUAGAGCAGGUUAAAAUGGAACUUGCCAAGUACAAGUUGGCAGAAAAGACAGAGUCCAGCCAUGAACAAUGGCUUUUCAAAAGGCUUCAAGAAGAAGAAGCUAAAUCAGGGCAUCUAUCAAGAGAAGUGGAUGCAUUAAAAGAGAAAAUUCAUGAAUACAUGGCAACUGAGGACCUAAUAUGUCACCUCCAGGGAGAUCACUCCAUUCUGCAAAAGAAACUAAAUCAACAAGAAAACAGGAACAGAGAUUUAGGAAGAGAGAUCGAAAACCUCACUAAAGAGUUAGAGAGGUACCGGCAUUGUAGUAAGAGCCUCCGUCCUAGUCUCAAUGGAAGAAGAAUCUCUGACCCUCAAGUAUUUUCUAAAGAAGUUCAAACAGAAGCAGUAGACAAUGAGCCACCAGAUUACAAGAGUCUCAUUCCUCUGGAAAGAGCAGUCAUUAAUGGUCAGCUGUACGAGGAGAGUGAGGAACAAGAUGAGGACCAUAAUGAGGAGGAAUCUGUGCUGUCCUUCAGAUGCAACACGUCCACUCCCCUUCCUGUGAACAGGAAGCUAUGGAUUCCUUGGAUGAAAUCCAAGGAGAGCCAUCCUCAGAAUGGGAAAAUACAAACUAAACCCAAUGGCAACUUCAUGCAACCUGGAGAUCUAGUCCUAAGCCAUACACCUGGACAGCCGCUUCAUAUAAAGGUUACGCCAGACCAUGCCCAAAAUACAGCCACUCUUGAAAUCACAAGUCCAACCACAGAGAGCCCUCACUCUUACACAAGCACUGCAGUGAUACCAAACUGUGGCACCCCAAAACAGAGGAUAACCAUUCUCCAAAAUGCUUCCAUAACACCAAUGAAGUCCAAAACCUCUACUGAAGGCCUCCAGAAUUUAGAUCAAGGUAUGUCCCCAAUUGCCAUGGCAACCUUUGCCAGAGCACAGACCCCAGAGUCUUGUGGUUCUAUAACUCCAGAAAGGACAAUGUCACCUAUUCAGGUUUUGGCUAUGACUGGUUCAGCUAGCUCUCCUGAGCAGGGACGCUCCCCAGAGCCAAUAGAAAUCAGUGCCAAGCACGCGAUUUUCAGAGUCUCCCCAGACCGGCAGUCAUCGUGGCAGUUUCAACGUGCAAACAGUAAUAGUUCAAGUGUGAUAACUACUGAGGAUAAUAAAAUCCACAUUCACUUAGGAAGUCCUUACAUGCAAGCUGUGGCCAGCCCCAUGAGACCUGCCAGCCCUUCAACACCACUGCAGGAUAACCGAACUCAAGGUUUAACUAAUGGGACACUAAACAAAACAACCAAUAAAGUCACCAGCAGUAUUACUAUCACACCAACAGCUACACCUCUUCCUCGACAAUCACAAAUUACAAUCAAGGAGGUGUGUAAGCAAAGAAUUCCAACACGGAUUCCUAAACCAAAAUCUACAAGCAUCACUAAGAUUUCCACAAAAGCCCCUCUAGGGCCUACGGACAAACAUAUUCACCAAAAUGGCUGUGGGAAAUUACACAUCGUAACAACCAUCACUUCUAACUCUUACCUCCACAUGGGAGGGAAAAGGUAAGUCAUAUGGACACACUGUCUGGAUACAGUCUACAGAAAUAUCUGCAAUGUGAAAGUAUGGCUGUGGAAAGCCAGAAAGGAACAGCUAUCUCUUCGGGAAAUGUGAAGCAGCAACUGGCAGACAGUUCAUUCACAGGUUGGUGGACCUGGUGAUCAUCCUAUCUUCUCAGCUCUAUUUGUGCAUAAGCACACACGUACAAUCACAGGCUCAGACUCGUACCUCAAAGCCCACUCGAUUCCUUGUGCUACUUGUAUAAUCAUCAGCCUCGAAUAGGACUGAAUUCAUUACGACAAUUCAAGAGUUUUCUGGUGAACAAAGUAGUAAUCCUUCAUUCUUCAGAACUUCAAUGAAUAAUCAUAUUUUCUAAGAAAAUGUGGUAUCAAGAAUUCCUAACAGCUUCAGGAAAGUCAAAUUAUUUCCAUCAAAAUGGCAGAACAAUUAGAAUCCAACUUAAGGUAUUAAAAAGGGAGAAAAGUGGUAAUUCUUAGUUACAAGGAGGUAAGAAACAACAAAUAGAUUAGUAGUUAAUACUCCCUGGGUGGCUUACCCAACAACCACUAAGGUUAUAUGUACAUUUCAUAGAUAGCACUUUAUCUCCUGCCCCAUUUUUUUCAAGCUGUUUGCCCAUCCUGUGUAUUUCAGAUCAUGGAAUCAUACUGCUAGGCUGGCUGUAAGACAACUCAUUUUAGAUGAGUACUGUUGCCUUCUACAGCAAUCAAGGGAUGAGAAUCAAAGGUCAAUAAUACUCCAUCUUUUAUGGAGAUAAGCAUCACUGUUCUGGGUGUUAGAAAAAAAAAAGAACAAUUUAUUAUCUCAAAAGACUUUCUUUAGUCACACUUACUCCUGAGUCAAUAUUAUAGAAAAAUCAGUUGAUUCAGCAAAAGCCUGGAAUCAGGAAACUCAAAUUUCAAUCUUAGCUUUUCACUCAUGUGUCACUUAGUGUGGCAUUCAUCAAUCUAAGCCUUGAGUUUCCCAUAUAUAAAUCAGGUAAGUAGUUUCCUUCCAGCUGUGAUAACCCAUGAGUAUGCCCAAUGACACAAUACUGAAUUCAAACAACCUAUCUAGAAGGCUGAACACAGUUUCCUGGCAGUAAGCUAAAGUAAUUCUUCUCAUCACAUGGAAAGCUCUCUCACUAAAUCAAGAGACAGGUACCUAUAAUUCAGUGUGGACAGAGUAAUACAAUAACAUUUCAAGACAAGGCAUUUUGGGCCCAGAAGACAGUUAUAUUUCCCAAAGCCUAGGUCAGAGGGAAAAAUAAUUAAAUGAACAGCAUGACCCAACAUUUUUUGUUAUCCUUCAUUAAAACUUGGAGUCAUGGCCCUGGAAGAAAUCCUUGUGGUUAAGAACUAUCAGGUGUGCUGGGAUGGAGCCAACAAAGCAGUAGCAAUUCCUCAUGUUCACCUGGCUAUGUCCACUUCAGUACACUGAUGACAGUGCACUAACAGCCAUUUAAUUUCAAGGAGGAAGAGCUGGAAAAUGGGCAGCACCAAGCUAUGGGAGCCAAAGAAAGGGAUGAUGGGCAAAAGUCCCCACAGGCAAGAGGCAGAGGGAGAAGUAGAUGGGGAGGGUAAGUGAAUUAGAAGUCUGAAAUGGAAAAGUGGAAGUUAAGGGAAAGCAGUAAGAGAAUGAUAGAAGGAAAGGGACUACAAAAGAUGAAGAAGCUCUGACAUCCAAAAUAAUUCACAUAUGCAAGGGAGUACUAGAGGUGUGCCUGACAUGAAGCAAGUAUUUGAUAACUCUCAAGUGAAUGCAGGAUGGAUGAAAGAGAGAAGGCCAUUCAGUCAAAACAUAUGUGAGCAAUGUAGCUAAGAGAUGGCAAUGAAGUAUGACAGGAAAAGCAGCUAUGCCUCGGUGACAUUCAACAUUGGGAGUUAUGCUAAUGGAAAGAAAAAAGCACUGGAGCCCUUAGAGUGGAAACAGGAGAAAUAACAUAUACCAACAAUAGUCCCAGAAAAACAAAAUACCCUGAGAAAGUUUCACCUGGAAGAGGAACAGAAAAUAUGUUGUAUUGUUGAAGAUUUCAAAAUUGUUUGCUUCCAUGUAAAGAGAUUCUCUACAUACAGUACAUUUUUAUGCCAAGUUGGCGUAAAUUCAAGAGUAACCAAGAAAAGGAGGAUAAGAUACUGUACAAGGUUAAGAAAAUAUGGACAUUUUGAAGGCAACCAACAGAAAUCCAUCUUUAAAUGAUGAUAAAGUUCUAGUCUCAUUAAGGCAAAUCUUGAAAAUAAUGUUCUAUUUUAAUAAAAGGAUUACUAACAAAAACACAGGCCCAUUUCAAGCAAUAUUUAAUACAAUAAAAAUGCAAAUACAAUGAAGAACUGCAUGUACUAUUUGUAAUUCAACAAAACGGUGUUUUGACAUAACACAACUGAAACAUAAAGAAUCCUGCCACCUGUGCAUAAUCCUAUUUCUGCAAAAAUGUGGCCCUCCUGAAGAACAAUAACAACAAUAAUAAUACAUAUAAACAAAAGACACUGUCCUCAUCUAGAGUGACUACAGUUAAUUAAAGUUUUAAAAGUAAGUAGAUAAAAUCCAAAUGAAGAAAACAUGUAAUUUAUAACAAAUUUUUUAAAAACCUGACACUUUUAUGGUGGAGUCUUUUCUCAACCCUUCAUUUAUUAAGCUUCAAUGAUCUUUGAACUACUCUUCUGUAACUUUUGGAAUCAACUAUCUGAUUUUAACACAAAUGACUGGUCUAACACAUGUCUGAUAAUUAUGGACUGAGUAAUGAAGUACAAAUGAAAUACAUAAUUUUCUCUAGGGUAUGUUUCAAAAUCCCUUUAUAGAAACAACAGAAUUCAGUGUCUGAGAUGAGCCUGGGGAGGGGUCUGAAAACUUUGGCCAAAAUCUGGUUUUGUGUGGCCCUAUAAGAGCUAAGAAUAGUUUUACAUUUUUUAAUGUUGAAAGAAAAUUAAAAGAAGACUAUUUCAUGACAUAGGAAAAUUAAAUAAACUUCAAACUUCACUAUCCAUGAAAAAAGUUUUACCGGAACUCAGCCACACUAAUUUGUUUACAUACUUCUUGUCUACAACUGUCUUUGUACUGCAACAGCACAGUUGAGUAGUUGCAACAGUUGGUUAACGGAUCUGCAAAGCCUAAAGUUUUUACAAAAGGCAACUUUACCAAAAUGUUUGCUGACCCCAUGACCUAGUGUGAACUACACUAACGAAGAACUCAGGAAUAAGAAUUAAGUAGAGCUCAUUGACUAUAUUUCUUUCUUUUUUUAAUAUUUAUUUUUUAGUUAUAGGUGGACACAACAUCUUUAUUUUUAUGUGGUGCUGAGGAUCGAACCCAGUGCCUCACACAUGGUAGGCGAGUGCUCUACUUCUGAGCCACAAUCCCAGCCCCAUUGAUUGUAAUUCUUAAAAAUAAUACUUAAGCAAUUUAAGAAUUCGAUUAAGAAUUCUAUGAAAACUGAAAUAAAGGAAAACUAUAUUUCAGCUAUUUGUUAUUCUUAGUAAAAUGUACAAUUCUAUGAAUGCAUCUAAAGUUUUCAGCCAAAGAACAUUAAGACAGAUCAAAGGAUUUUGCCAAUAAUGUAUUUUUGUAUUUGUUGUUGAAUCUGAGAGGGGAAUACCACAUUUAUGAGUGGUAUUUUUCAAAUCCUCAUGGACACUUAGCAAAAUUAUAGCAGGAACUGUAUAUGAUUUGAAGAAAGACAUGUAUACCUGUACCUUUUAAACUUUCAUAAUUGUUGUCAAGAACCACUCAUUUUAUUAUUUGCAAGAAUCAUGAAAAUUACUUAUACUAAAGUAAAAACUAGCCAAUGAAGGUUAUCUGUUAAAAGUUUUCAAGUUCAGAACAAUGACAAAUAAUGUAGCCAUCUUUUUCUCUUCUCUUUCCUUUACCUUGCUUUUUAAAAUUCAUCCUGCCUCUGUUUUUUGCUCUGAAUGUCUGUCUCAGUGUCAUGUGCAUUUUGACUGAACCACAUCAAUGUUUAAAUCCUACAACACAAGCUGAUUUAAUUUAAUUUAAUUUAAGCUGAUUUAAGUUUUCCCCCUCUAAUUCUAGUUCUGUUGGUGUUAGUGCUAAGCUCAAUAAACAAUUUUGAGAAUGAUGCAACCUGAA